GUUUACAUUUACUUUUAAUCAAAGUGAAAUCAAGACCAAAUUAUGUUUAUUCUUAUCACAAAUAGAUAGAAAAUUUUGUUAUUGAAUAUGUUUUAGCCAGUACUUUCUUUUAAUUUUUGUUAGAAUAGUUUAGUAUACAUAAGUGUUAGGUUUAUCUGUAUCUUUAUACGAAAUCAUGUUAUCCAAGCUAAGUGUUAGAAGAAAUAAACAUUUAUUAGCAAAAAUAGCUAACAAAUGUGCCCCUUGUGCUUUCUGCAGGCGAGAAAUUGACGAUGAAGUCAUUUAUGGGAAACUUUAUGCUAUUGGCGACAUACAUGUCCACUAUUUCUGUGUGUUGCUCUCAUGCUGCUUAAUUCAAAAGGGCAAAGAUGAAGAAGGCCUCUUCGGUUUCCUGUAUCCUGAUAUUUUGGCAGAGAUAGAAAGAAGCAAGAAACAUCGGUGCUCAUAUUGCAAUAAAGAAGGCGCUACUCUUGGAUGUGCUAUAACGCAAUGCAGGAAACAAUUCCAUUUGCCGUGCGGAAGGGAGAAAAACGCUAUUUCUAUGUUUCAUGGAAAUUACAAAUCGUUCUGUUGGAAUCAUGCUCCUAAACAGAAGGUGGCCAAUAACAUUUUGGAAAACAUAAAAGAAAGAAAGAUAAAAGAAAGGAAGUUGAAAGCUGCCGUGGGAAAUGUUGAAAGCAAAUCUGAAGGUUUUAUUUUUGGAUAUCACACUAUUUUUUUAUCUCACCCUCGGCAAUGGGGCUGCUGGCCGCCGUGCUGCGCGAGGGACGCUUGGUUCCAUAGAUCCUGCUUGCAGCGUAUGGCCCUAAGUGCGGGCAUGCACUAUCUCAAAUGUCCACUCUGCAACGACAAAGAGCAGUUCCUCAGUGCUGUUAUGGGUCAAGGGUAUUAUAUACCCGACAGAGACGCAGCGUGGGAGCUGGAGCAGAACGCGUUCGCAGAGAUCUAUGAGAGGAGAGUCGCGUGCAACAUGGCGGACUGUAGCUGUCCUCAGGGGAGAGAAUAUGAUGCGGAUAAUGGGUCAAUGGCGUUGCGAAGUUCGCUGGUAUCACUCCCAGACCCGAGCCAGAACACGGCGUCUAGAACCAGACAUGGACCAGUGAUGCCUAGCCGCAUGUCGCUGAGAAGGACGAAGCCCAAGUUGUCUGGCAAUAAUGUGCCAUCGAGUUCAAAUAUUAACCGAGAAAUAGUUCGAACUAAUUAUCAAACAUCAGAUAACACGAUGGCAAGUAGAGGCGAAUUAAAUUUGAAACCGCCGAAGCGCAGAAUCGCCGAAACGUACUAUAAAAAUUUGGAAAAUAAACUGCAAUCGCCCAUUAAACUGUUGGAGAAGCGGUUGUGCGAAAAGUUGGAACACAUUGAAACGCUCGACAGUUUCGCGUGGGACUCUAGCGAGGUGAUAGACGCGAUACGGGAGAAGAUCAGGAAACCGAGGCCGUUGGCUGUGAAGAAGAGAAUUGUUAAUUCCGUCAUAGACAACGUUCUAAAUAAUAUAUUGAAAGAGAGGACAAAAGUAAAAGAACCCGUGAGAGAGUGGAUUUCACCCAAAAAGAGCUGUGACAUUACCGAUGCAGUUUCUCAGAAAAUGGAAGUAGACCUUAUUCAAGAUAUAAAACGUGAAAAUUGCAACACACAAGAUAUUCCUGUUAUAUGUCAAACCCUUCCUAAUGUUAUAAAUAAAAAUGAUAUUGAAAAUAAGCAAGUGGAUUCUUCCAACAUACUAACUGAAGAGUUUCUUGAUAAAAACCUUCCCAUCAUUAGCCCUAAAUCAAAACCGGUAAUAGUUAAUACCGAUUCAGCUAUCGAAAUAUCUAAAAACGAUCAAAAGCUAGACAUAAGCGUUGUUAAAAUGGCGCCAUGUGACAAAGAUAAUAUUGUUCCGUUAAAAUUUAGUCCGCGUAAAGAAAUGUCGAGCAAAAACAUGGAAAUCGACUUAGAAAGUUUCAAAAAUCAAUAUUUGAACGAAGUCGGUCGCGAUUCGAACAAAAAUCACUUAGAUUCAACAAAAUCGGAUGAGGAAAAAUCGAAAUACCGUUCGAAAAUUCGAAAGACCAAAGACAAAAAACGUGAUAAUAAAAGCGCCAAAUCAAAAAUUCGAAAACGGAACGCCACAGAUAACGCAAAGAGCGAAAACGUCGAUUUAGUUUUUGAAAUGUCAGAGAAUGUUACCAGGAAGAAAAAAGAAGUGACACGCAAAAAAAGGCGCGAAACCGAACUGUCAAUACGCGAUAAAAAUAUUCACGUGAAUAUUAAGUGGAGGAGAGAGAAAUUUAAGUUGAAAAUAACCAAAUCGAAGGAGGAGAGGAAAGUUUUGAAACAAUACGUGUUGAAUUAUCCGGAACGUUCUGAAAGGGGUGUUCUCAUAAAACCGGUUACGGAAGUAUCACCGAUUAGAAGAAAAUCGAAGAAAUCCAAACAGAAACCUGAUAAUUUAGUGCAAACAUCUAUUGCUAACUUUUUUAAAAUAAAAACACCUGAAAAAUGAUUUGGUAUUUAAACUUA